AAUGUCCGGCUACGGCCGGCACAAACACUAGGGUUUAGCGGAAAAAUGCAGUCGCUUGCAAUUGGCUAGCGCUUCCAGAUAGGCCCGCGUAUUAAUUCAGCCUAGCCGCAGCCAGGAAAUUCAGAGUUGCGCACUUGUUCGCUUAGCAAAAGUUGUUGCUUGUCGUCCUUCCGAUUCCCUAGUCAUAUAAUAUAUGGUACAUUGGUUCAUGCUCGUUUAGCGCGCUAUCACGCCGACUAACUGCUUUCCUGGAGUGUCGAGUGGCGGCUGAGAGCAAUUGCACUUUGGAGCCUAAACUGAUUUCGUUGACGCGGUGACUAUUCAACAAGUAUAGAAAGAAAAAAUCCCCAUCAUGUCCUCGCAAGUGUAUAGUGACGAAGCUCGGAUCUACCCCAGCAUAUCUGUAGUAGAAAACAGAACAGACGAUAUACAGGAGGACGACCCGCCCAACGAGACGAAGGAGAAAAAUGGUGGGGCUUCUGUGGUGGAGGUGGAGGCCAACGCCAACGCCGUCAGCCUGGAGAUGGGCGAGAUCGGGGCAGAGACUGGGGCCGAGCAGGAGGCCGAUGUGAAGGAAAAGGCGCAGGCCAUCCUGAAGGAACUGAGAGGGGAUCUGACUUACGCCAUCGAGGACGUGCCUCCCUGGUAUAACUGCCUACUGCUGGGUUUUCAGCAUUACCUGACCAUGUUUGGCGCCACCCUGGCCAUGCCUUUGCUCCUGGCCAGCUCGCUGUGCAUCAAGGACAACCUGGUGGCCCAGGGCGAGCUCAUCAGCACCAUCUUUGCCGUCUCGGGCCUGGUGACGCUCCUGCAGACCACUUUCGGUGUCAGGUUACCAAUCGUACAGGGUGGAACGUUCUCCUUCUUGGCGCCAGCACUGACGAUACUCAACCAGCAAGGCCCAUGUCCCUCCCCUCCGGCACCGGGCACACCCUCUGCCAUCAAUGCAUCAUUUAAUGGGUCUGAGGAUUACACCACCAUGCCGGCAACGACGGUCGCCUUCGACGACGAAGAAUUCUGGCGGCGGCGAAUGAGGGUCGUGCAGGGGUCAAUCAUGAUAGCGUCUGUGGUGGAGGUGAUUGUCGGUUUCACCGGUAUCGUCGGGAUCAUGCUGCGAUUUAUCGGACCGUUGACCAUUGCCCCCACCAUCACUCUGAUUGGUUUGUCGUUGUUUGAUGCCGCCAUCAGCUUCAGCAGCGGGCACUGGGGCAUUGCAUUCCUGACCAUAGCCUUGAUGGCGCUGUUCUCUCAGUACAUCGCCCGGUUCACCCUCCCCUGUCUGGGCUUUUCCCGAGAGAAGAAAUGCCACCGAGUCAGCUUUCCCCUCUUCAAGAUGUUUCCUGUGAUCUUGUCAGUUCUGAUAGCCUGGGCCUUCUCCGCCAUCCUGACGGCGGCCAACGUGUUUCCCACAGACCCCGAUGCCUACGGCUACAGCGCCCGCACCGAUUUACGCAUCGGGGUCUUGGAAGAGUCCGCCUGGGUCAAGAUUCCUUAUCCCGGUCAGUGGGGCGUGCCCACUGCCACCAUCGCUGGCGUCUUCGGCAUGCUGGCGGGUGUGCUGGCCUCCAUCUUUGAGUCGGUCGGGGACUACUACGCCUGCGCCCGGCUUGCCGGAGCGCCCCCGCCCCCGGUCCACGCCAUCAACCGUGGCAUCGGCAUCGAGGGCCUGGGCUGCAUCCUGGCCGGCGCGUUUGGGUCGGGGUCGGGAACGACUUCGUACGGGGAGAACAUCGGAGCACUGGGAAUCACAAAGGUUGGCAGUCGUCGGGCCAUCCAGUACGGGGGCAUGCUGAUGAUCCUCAUGGGGAUGUUUGCCAAGUUUGGCGCCCUCUUUGUCACGAUUCCAGACCCCAUCAUCGGCGGCAUGUUCUGCGUUAUGUUUGCAAUGGUGGCAGCCGUGGGCAUCUCCAACCUCCAGUUUGUUAACCUCAACAGCAGUCGCAAUCUCUUUGUCAUCGGCUUUUCCCUCAUCAUGGGCUUCAUCAUUCCAACGUGGGUCAGGGCUAACAGAGAUUUCUUCAAAACAGGCAACGAGGAGAUAGACCAGAUAAUCGUCGUGCUUCUUGAGACCAACAUGUUUGUGGGCGGAGUGAUUGGAUUCUUUUUCGAUAACACCUUACCAGGUUCCGAUGAGGACCGCGGCAUCGCCCAGUGGCGCAGCAAGUACUCGGCCGGCAGCCAGGACUCGGCCCUGUCUCGCGAGUUACUGCGCUCCUACGAGUUCCCUGUCGGGAUGAACUGGAUCAGACGCUUUUCUUUCUUCCGCUACAUUCCGUUCUCUCCGACCUACACCGGCUUCCCGUGUAACUGCUGCGGAAGUGUUUGCGGUCGCAUCAAGAAGUUGACCAGGCGUGACAAUGAAACAUAUUCUCCUGUCGCUUCGGAAGCCAAAAUUUGCCUCCCGCAGUAAAAGCAAGUUUGGUGAGGAAACCCAUAUGUAAACUGGUGCCUGGAGGGGAGACUGACUCACUGGCAUCUUAACGACUGCUGUUGAGGAGACUAAUCUUGAUGUCAUUUUCGCUUUGAUCAGGUCACGUUGUGAUGAUUGUAGAGAUAUUUCUAGUAGUUUCAAGGUUAAUGUGAAGAUUUCAUUUGUCAGUUAUUACAUGUAAAGGAGAGUACAAUUUGUAAAUCAUUAAUGGUUUGAAUUUUGACUGGAUUUUAAUUUUGAUGGGGGUGGGUGGGCUGGGGACCUUUUAGCGGGGUUUUGAGUGCACAGUUUCGGGGUUGACAUUUAUACUUUCCUGAAGUAUUCUUUUUAGGCACAUUUUGUUUGAUUUGUAUUUGAAAAGGGGAAAUUUUUUUUAAAAACACAUUUGAAAACCAUGCCAGAAAAGGAGUGAAAUUUCAACAAAACGUGACAGAAGUCCACUCAACAGCUGAAGAGCAUGAAUACCAAGAAUGCUUACAUGAAUUGGGCAUUUCUUUAACCCCUAACACUCCUCAGUCCUCCAACAGGUGAAGGAUUGAGGAGGGUUAGGGUUAAGGUGGCCUGGGCUGGUUGGGGGAUAGACCCGCUGUCGCCAAAUUCACGGGUGGAAUUGCUAUACAAUUUGGGAACAAUUUAUGAAGUGGUCAAGAUAUAUUUUGAGUACUCGGGUCAUUCUUGCUUCCGCUACUGUUUAAUCAAGGGCUUCCAAAAGCGAUAUAUAUAUAAAAAUGACUAUAUUUAUAUUGUGAUUGUACAGGUCGUGUGAAGUAUAAAUUGCCAAAAAUACCUGUCCUGAGUUAAUACGUAAAACUUUUAGACGUCUUUUUAGUGUUUGAACAGUUUGUAUCAGUUUUUAUUGAAGUUUUGUUCUUUUGCAUUAGUUUUGAUUUCUACAUCAGACACCGAUGGAAUCCAGUAUUUGUAACCUUUCAGUAUUUAAAUGCCAAAUCUUAAUGCCCUCUAAGGCUCUUGAAUAGUUACUGUAAAUUGUUUGCAAUAUUUGAUAUAUUUCUUCUCUAGGAAUGCUAUUUGCACUCAGGAAUAUAUUAAAUUGGGAUUGCGGAAGUUCUCUUUCUUCGAUUAGGAGAGAGACUUCUUGUGUUUCUUCCUUAAUCACAAGUUUCUUUUUGCAGGUACCAUGCCCAUUUGGAAGCAGCUAGCCAGUGGGUCUGAUCUUUAGAUCCGCGGCGGUAUCCAGCUCUGUGCCUGGGUAUCUGAAAUCAGUGAAGACCUAGACCAGAGCACCUGUUCGGCAUAACUGGACCAAGCUCAAAAAGCAAGGACAAUUGGGCAUUCGAUAGCGUUUCAAAGACAACUUGAUAUAACAGAGAAAUGUGCACCUUGCAAACCCACCUGCAUUUAAUUUAAAUUUGGUAUACAGAUAAACAGUGUGGCUUUUACCCAGCGAUAUACAUAUUUUACACUUGCAUUUUAGACCACUCUUUUUGUUGUACGUUUUGGAAAUGGUAACUAUAAAUCAACUUGUGUACUUGCGUUGUGUGCCAGAUUUGAAUAAAUCUUUUCAUUAUAUUA